CGCGCGUCCUGCGGCAGCCAGAGGCAUGGAGAAGGCCGUCCCCGCGGGGCGCUGAUCCCCGUGCAGCGCCCGCGCGCACACGCCCCCCGCCGCCGCCGCCGCCGCGCGCGCCCCGCACCCCCGCCCCGCCCCGGCCCCACCAUGACCGGCUCCGCCGCGGACACUCACCGCUGCCCCCACCCCAAAGGCGCCAAAGGCACCCGGUCCCGGAGCAGCCACGCGCGGCCCGUGAGCCUCGCCACCAGUGGGGGCUCGGAGGAGGAGGACAAAGACGGCGGGGUGCUGUUUCACGUUAACAAGAGCGGCUUCCCCAUCGACAGCCACACCUGGGAGCGCAUGUGGAUGCACGUGGCCAAGGUGCACCCCAAGGGGGGAGAAAUGGUGGGCGCCAUCAGGAACGCCACCUUCUUGGCAAAGUUCCAGGAAAGUGCAGACCGUCCAGGCUUCCCCAGGCUAGAUCCGGAAAACACAUCAGUAAUGAAGACUAACAUAGCCAGCCCUUCCAGAGUACCAAGCGCCAAUGCCAAGUUGCCAGCUCUGUACAUUAGGUCCUACAAUCCUCACAACCCGCCCGGAUGGUUUGAACCUUCAGUGCCGCAGGUUCCGAACUACAGGCUGUCGAUGACGAUCCCAGACUGGCUCCAGGCAAUCCAGACCUACAUGAAGACACUACAAUACAAUCACACAGGGACCCAGUUCUUUGAAAUUAGGAAAAUGAGACCGCUGAGUGGGUUAAUGGAAACAGCGAAAGAAAUGACUCGGGAGUCCUUGCCUAUCAAAUGCCUUGAAGCUGUCAUCCUGGGGAUAUACUUAACCAAUGGACAGCCUUCCAUCGAGCGAUUCCCCAUCAGCUUUAAAACCUACUUCUCAGGAAACUAUUUUCACCAUGUUGUGCUGGGGAUUUAUUGCAAUGGCCGCUACGGCUCACUGGGCAUGAGCCGGAGGGCUGAGCUGAUGGACAAGCCGUUGACCUUUCGAACUCUGAGUGACCUCAUCUUUGACUUUGAAGACUCCUACAAGAAGUACCUGCACACAGUCAAGAAGGUCAAGAUUGGGCUGUAUGUCCCCCAUGAGCCUCAUAGCUUCCAGCCCAUUGAAUGGAAGCAGCUGGUCCUCAAUGUCUCCAAGAUGUUAAGGGCUGACAUAAGGAAGGAGCUGGAGAAAUACGCCAGGGACAUGAGAAUGAAGAUCCUGAAACCUGCAAGUGCCCAUUCUCCAACCCAAGUGAGAAGCCGGGGGAAAUCCCUGUCCCCCCGAAGGAGACAGGCGAGCCCCCCGAGACGGCUCGGCAGGAGAGACAAGUCCCGAGGCAAGCGACCACGCCUGUGCCCGCAGAGGACAGCUCUUAGACUGCCGCAGUUGGCUGGGUCGGGGAUCACAGGGGCUCGAGGGGACAGAGAAGCAAGGGUUGAAAGGAAAAUGAAAGGCUGUGUGACCCAGGGAGGACAAGAAGGAUGGAAGAACCAAGCCCUUCCCUCCCUCUCCAGAUCCCAGCUUCCGCCAUUGCCACAGACUAGAGCCCAGGACACCCUGGUUCCUAGAGGUGUAUCUGGAGGAGAACAGCUUCUCAGCUUCUACCCCUGUCCUUCAGCAAGCAGGCUUUUCUCCAGGCCCGCACUGCCUGAGAAGGUGGCUGACCUCAGCACGCUGAAUGAGGUGGGCUACCAAAUCCGAAUUUAGGCAAGCCAUAUCAGCCAGCAAGAGGGCUUCCGUGGUGCUUCUCUCUGCACUUUACCCCAGCAUCUUCAGGAGGAACUGCAACUAUUUAUUGAGAACCUGUGGAUUUUAUUUUUAAGGAUUCACUUGGACAUGGAUUCGGAGUGGGUGGUAACAAUUAACGUUGAAAGUCACCAAGGGGCCACCAUGAAAAGGCUGAAGAAACCCCACUGGGGUUGGACUGUCCCCCUCAUUACAGAUAGAAAGGGUCAUAUGUAACUGUAGUUUUCUAUCUUCCCAUUGACCUACUUUUAUUUACUUGCUUUUGGACAUGAUGCCUCCUCACCAGUAGUAAAUGUUCCUGAAACCCUCUCUCCCACUUUUGAUAUAGUAAGGUAACUCAGCCAGUAUUAAUGUCUUUUUUCAGCAAUAACAGAGGCAAAAAAUGGUGGGAUUUUUUUUUUUAAGGAGUCAAUAUUACCUCAGCAUCUUGACAUCAGAUAUGCAAACUUAAUGGUGUUUUGUUUUUUUAUAUUCUAUUUGUAUUAUUUCCCCAGUACUUCCAAUGGGGAUCUCCAGAAAGUUUGGAAUUUUUUCCUGGUGCACACAUACAAUGGGAUUAAGGUAUUAUACCAAGUGUUUUACUAAAAAGCACUGAAAUUCUUCUGGCAAUACGGGAAACUCUUUUCAGGACCUUGGAGUUACUUCUUUCUUAAUCUUUCUUAAAGCAUUCACUGACAGUGGUUUUUGUUCUUUCAAAACAAAAAGCACGAUCCGAAGGUAGUCUGUGUUCUGUCACUAACAUUUAAACUUUGCAAACUCCAGCAAAAAAAGCACAA